UUACCUUUCAAGUUUGGUCAAUACUAUGAUACUGUUACCUUAAUCAGUCGUGCUACUUACCUUGAAGUGUGGGUGCAACAAAUAAAAGGGUCAGAGCUGUCAAUAAGUGAUUUAUUAGCAUCAUUGCACAAAGGACUAGUCACAGUCACACAAUCACUCCAUUACACUUACAAGUCAAAGCAUAUGUUUGGAGUACCAUGUACAGCUUGUACUGCAGUACCUCAUCCUGCUGUGAUUGGCUGUAAUAAGAAAGCAACUAAGUGUGUGAAUGGCAGAAUAGUGGAGUUUAAUGAGAAGCAAUUAUACUGGUCCACUAAGGUUGUUGAGCUGAAUAACACAACACAAAAUACAAGCAGUAUAUCAUCUCAAACUGAAUCCCAUAAAAGGUCUUUGUCCCAUGGCACAGCUGCAGUAGAUACAGAAGUUUGUCCUAGAGACUUGUUUCGUGAACAUUCAGCUGAUAUUACCCAGUGCAUCUCAUUAGAUGUAAUACGUGCUGCUGAUAGACUGUUUGCUGCAAAAGUGAUACCUGAAGCAUUAAGAAAUGAAAUCUCUACAGUGCUUGGUUUAAAUGACUAUAAAAAAGCCAACCAAUUGACUGUUCACAUUCAAAAUACUCUCGGUUCUCAUUUAAAUUCCACUGAGUAUCUUACUGAUGUGUGCUAUGCAUUGUUCCAUAUAGACAAUGAGCCACUCAAGCACUUUCUCAUUAGCAUACUGAACAAGCUGGGAAAACCACCACCUCAAGAAAGUAUACAAGAUGUUAGCAAAAGCUCUUCUCUACUAAACAAAAGACCAAGAGCAGCACAGGAUGACACAUCUCCCAGCAAGAGGUUUGAGAUGGACCCUCAAGGUUCUUACGACAGUAUUUUUAAUGAAGAGCAGUCUUCAGGUAGUGGUAUUUUACAAAAUGAAAGCAGAGGAUACAAGAGAAAGAAAAAAAAAGAUAGUUUUCCUGGAGAAUUUACUAAAAUAAAAAAGUUGAAAACUAAAACCUCAAAAGAUAAAGGAUAUGGUAAAAGAUCAACUGGAAAUAAACCACACAGAAGAAAAACUGGUUCCAAGAAAUAAUGUAAGCAUUUACAUCAGCUUUAAUUCCACUUGUAUAGGUAUUAUUCUUGGUACUAUUUAUUAUUGUUAUAAUCCACUUGAUACUUAUUUUGCUACACAAUCACUUAUCAUUACACUUUUGUCACUUAACAUUAAUUUUUUGUGUAUAAA